AUGGGGAGCGGCAAGGGCUCUAUUCGCCCGUUCUCACGCCCCACCCUCGGACCGUGUUGGAAGAAAGUUUCGCCCCGCCGCCGAGAGAGACGAGCGAACAUGGCCUCGCCGAGAUGGCUCUGGUGUGUGUGUGCAACUGCAGCGGUGGCACUGCUGCUCGUUUCCAAGGUUCCUUCGGCCUCUGCCCAAAGAAAGAAGGAGAUGGUGUUAUCUGAGAAGGUUAGUCAGCUGAUGGAAUGGACCAAUAAAAGGCCUGUAAUAAGAAUGAAUGGAGACAAGUUCCGUCGCCUUGUUAAAGCUCCACCAAGAAAUUACUCUGUCAUUGUCAUGUUUACUGCUCUCCAGCUUCAUAGACAGUGUGUCGUUUGCAAGCAAGCUGAUGAAGAAUUCCAGAUUCUGGCAAAUUCUUGGCGAUAUUCCAGUGCAUUUACCAACAGGAUAUUUUUUGCCAUGGUGGAUUUUGAUGAAGGCUCUGAUGUAUUUCAAAUGCUAAAUAUGAAUUCAGCUCCAACUUUCAUCAACUUUCCUCCAAAAGGAAAACCCAAAAGGGCUGAUACAUAUGAGUUGCAGGUGCGAGGGUUUUCAGCUGAACAGAUUGCCCGGUGGAUCGCAGACAGAACUGAUGUCAAUAUUAGAGUAAUUAGACCUCCAAAUUAUGCUGGACCUCUAAUGUUGGGAUUGCUUUUGGCUGUUAUUGGUGGACUUGUGUACCUGCGAAGAAGCAAUAUGGAAUUUCUCUUUAAUAAAACUGGGUGGGCUUUUGCAGCUUUGUGUUUUGUACUUGCUAUGACAUCUGGCCAAAUGUGGAACCAUAUAAGAGGGCCACCAUAUGCUCAUAAAAAUCCCCAUACAGGACACGUGAAUUAUAUCCACGGAAGCAGCCAGGCCCAGUUCGUAGCUGAAACCCACAUCGUUCUUCUCUUCAAUGGUGGGGUUACCUUAGGUAUGGUGCUUUUAUGUGAAGCUGCUACGUCUGACAUGGAUAUUGGGAAGCGAAGGAUGAUGUGUGUUGCUGGAAUUGGACUUGUUGUGUUAUUCUUCAGUUGGAUGCUCUCUAUCUUUCGAUCAAAAUACCAUGGCUACCCAUACAGCUUUCUGAUGAGUUAAAGAGGAUUCCAGAGAAACCUUGACACUGGUACAGAAAUGAAAUGGUUUGCCAGGCUGUGGUAGACGAAGGCUGAGCUCUGUGAGUUUGUGGUCAGCCUGGGCUACAUAGUGAGACCCCGUCUCCAGGAAAAAAGAGAAAAAAGGAAGGAAGAAAACUGACGUGUUUUCAAGCUGAGGCUGUGGCUCAGAGGUGGAGUGCUUGCCUAGCAUGAGUCACACUCUGGUCAAUCCCAAUGCCUUAGAAAAAAAGAAAGAUCUCUUGAAACCCGGUCUAUGUUUUUUUUUUUUUGUUUUGUUUUGUUUUCUUUUGGUAAGGAUUGUUCCUUGAAACCUUGGUCCUUUGCUUUUUAAAACACAUGUUCCGUAAAACAUGGGUUACUUUUUAAAUAAGUGUUUCUUGAAACAUAGUCUGGCUAUUGUUUUCAUUUCUGUUUUUGUGUGUGUGUGCCUGCUUUCUAAAAGGAAUGUUUCUUGAAAGCUCUCUGUGAGACAGAGUGCUAGCUGGUCUUCCCUCCCUUACGGAGACUGCCCGACCUCUGACUCACAUUCAUCCUCAUGUCUUCUCAAGUGCUGGGAUGGCAGGCAUUGCCACCAUUGACUGCAAAGUGCUUUUGCUAUCAGGUUAGCUUUUUAUUUACCCCCAUAAAUUAGAGAUACAAAGAAUGGUGCCAGGCACUUUCCUCUGCUCUUAGCUACCCUGCUGGCUGAAGCAGAAUCCACCAAGUGCAAGAAUUUGAGACAGUCUGGCAUCAUAUUAACACCGCAUCUCAAAAAUAUGUCAGAAAGUAAAACUAUGAAGGAAUUUUGUUUGAAUUUUAUCUUUUUUCCUGGUAGUGGAAAUAACCAUAUAUGCUAACCAGUUUUCCAUGAAGAACAUUUAAAUCAUGGUUAUAAUAUGGCUGACUCUGGCUUUCACCAUAAAGAGUAAUUAGAAAUGUCACUAUUAAGAAAGCGUAGUCUUGGACUGGAGCUCAGUGAUAGAGCACUUACAAGGCAGAGCUAGAGCACUUACAAGGCUGUGGGUUCAAUCCUAAACACCCCAGAAACCUAGAAAUGUAGCUGAAAAGUGGAAAGACAUAUUAGAAAUAUUACAUUUAAAAUAUAGACAUGGAUAUGUGGUUGAUACAGUGCUUGCCUAGCAUACAUGAAGUCAUGGGUUCGAUCCACAACAUCACAUAAGCCAGGUAUGGUAGCACAUGGGUGUAAUCCCAAUGCACUCAGGAAAUAGAGACAGAAAGAUCAGAAAUUCAACCUCAUCCUUGAGUAUAUAGUCUAAGGCCAACCUGAGCUACAUAAGACUCUAUCCCAAAGACAAAAAAAAAGAUACUGUGACUAUUCUCUGCUAUUGAUCAUGCAAUAACCUUCCCGUGUCUUAUAUAAUAGAGGUUUAUGGAAAGAGAUAAGCAUAAUUCGCCCAGAAAAAUGUUUUGGGUGGUUUGUUGUUGUUGCUACAAAUUUGAUGACUAGGAGGAUACAGUUGACCGUUCCUUGUAAAUUGAAUGAUUCUUAAUUCCUUAUCUGCUAUUCUUGUACCUGUCUCUGCCAAAUGAAUUUAUGCUGUGAUUCUUAGGAAACUAGUGUGAAGACUUGUAAAGUUGAACUGGGCAGCACUCCUACUGUGUAACCUCUAGCUGCUGGUGCCUCCCAUGGUCAGUGUUUUGUGUGUUUUCUCCUUGUUUAAGAGCAACAUUCUUCAGUAUGGAGAAAGGCAUGCUCUGGCCAAAAUCUGUGGAAAGCAGAUUUUUCUCAUUUAAAAUAGUGUUACUUUUGUGGAAAUUUUAAAUUUAGCUUUUAUCUGAAGUGCCUUAAAUAGAUUCUUAAUUUACUUUUCUAGUACUGGUUUAAAUAUAAUUCAUUAUGUAUUUUUAAUAUACUGUUCAAAAAUGAUACAUUAUUAUAGCAAAGAUAACCAAAUGUCUAGCUUACUGCUUCAUGUCAAUAAACUUUUACAACCUAAA